AUGGAUAAAGGCUCUGCUAGAGCGCUGAGGGCGAAAAUCCUCGAAGGGAAAGACGUUAAUCUUGUCAGCCUCAUCUUGCCUUCCCCGGAAUGUGACAAGUCUAUCGCCACAGGAGGAAGCUUCACUGCUGUGUUUAGGUCCACAGAUCCCCGGCUUCUGAAAGAUCUAAACAUAGGACAGUUCCUGGUCGCUUUCGGCAUCUUCCGAGAUGUCCUAUGUACCGUUUACCCCGAAAGGAGAACCGAGUUCGACGCAUAUCUGGGCAUCAUCGACUGUCUGCGUUUACCCCUUCUGUACUUUUCUCCACAUCUGCAGCUUCUGCGGGGAUGCGCAUCCGAAGUCAGUCUGCCCCAAGCGCCGCCGAAUCAACUUCCCGCAACAGAAACCACGUGGUGGAAAAACCUCCUAAAAAUUCACCCGUCCACUCCCAUUAACAUUCCAUACCUAGCCGCCGCGCUCUCUACCCACCCAGACCCAGUGUUCGUCGAUUACCUUUUGUCAGGGCUUUCCCAAGGCUUUAGGGUCGGGGUCCUCUCUCCUCCCCCCGUAACCUUCGUUGCAAAAAACCUACAAUCAGCAAAUAAAGAACCCAUCAUAGUCUCUCAGCUCAUUGAGAAAGAAUGUAAUAAAGGAUACUUAAUAGGUCCUUUUCGCUCAUCCCCGUUCUCAGUGUUCCGGACAAGUCCAAUAGGAGUAGCCACACGCAAAUACUCCGAAAAGAAAAGGCUAAUUUUCGAUCUGUCCGCACCCCGCGCCGGCCCGUUCUGCAGCAUUAACAGCCUCAUCCCUUCAGAGCCAUUUUCCCUUCAAUAUGCCUCGGUUGACGACGCAAUCAAAUUAAUAAAGCUCACAGGGCAAGGAGCCUGGCUCUCCAAAGCAGACAUAACUGACGCGUUCAAAAUCAUCCCCAUUCAUCCGUCCCAGUGGAACAUGUUCGGCAUCAGGUGGGAAUCCAAAUUCUACUUCGCCGUCCGCCUGACUUUCGGAUGCAGAAGUAGCCCCUGCAUCUUUAAUUCUCUUUCCGAAGCCCUCUGCUGGAUCCUGCUGAACAUUGCCAGAAUACCUUCUGUUCUCCACUUGCUGGACGAUUUUCUCCUCGUAGAUCCCCCUCGGGACAACUCAGGCGCCUCCCUGGCAAAACUCAAACUCUGCUUUCAGAAGCUAGGCAUUCCCCUAUCCGCGGAGAAAACCCUAGGACCUGACACACGCCUGGAGUUUCUAGGCAUCACACUCGAUUCCGCAGAGAUGAAAGCAUCUCUCCCCAGCGACAAAUUGCAGCGCAUACGUGAUAUUACCAAGUCAUAUUGCGGGCAACAAUCCAUAACUAAACAACAGCUGCUCUCUCUCCUCGGGCACCUUAACUUUGCCAUGCGCGUCAUCCCCCAGGGGCGCUCAUUCAUAUCUCGCCUUCUAGACACAGCUUCGGGCGUUAAAAACCUCCAUGACCGCGUUGUGCUAGACGAAGGCUGCCGCUCUGACCUACGAUUCUGGUCCCUCCUGCUCGACCACUGGAACGGCAUCACCUUCUUCUAUGAUGACAUAGUGUAUUCUUCCGACUCAAUGAGGUUCUUCACGGACGCCGCCCCAUCCGUGGGUUUUGGGGGUUUAUUUCAGGGAGAGUGGUUUGCGGGCCCAUGGCCUCCCACAUUCCCCAAUCAUGCCUCAUCCUCCGCCCUCACGGCAGUUGCCUGUUAUGUGUGGGGUCACCUCUGGCUACGGAAGCGCAUCUCGGUGCUCUGCGACAACCAAGCAGUAGUGGGAAUAAUUAACAAAGCUCGCUCCCCGUGCAAUGACAUUAUGCCAUUUAUGAGAAGCAUCACAUGGUCUUCCAUUACCCAUAACUUUCUCAUCUCAGCUCGUCAUGUUCCCGGUCACCUCAAUACAGCGGCUGACUCCCUCUCUCGCUUUCAUUUCCAGACCUUCCGGAAUCUCUGCCCAGAAGCCAGCUCACAGCCCAUCGAGAUCCCUCCCCUGCAUCUUCUCUCCCUCUCUUAAAUAAGAGCCCAUUAGCCAGGCACCUAGAGUCCGCCAGGUUCUUUAUGAGAAAGGGCUUAGCCGUCUCCACCCUUAAAAAAUAUGACUCCGCAUGGAGAACCUUCGCUUUCUUUUGCUUUACUGUAAACAUCGCACUUAAACCCGUCCUCAUAUCCACCGUGUGUGCCUUCACGUGCUACUGCGCCACUGAUCGCCACCUCAAACCUCAAUACAUCCGAGGCCUCCUAGCUGGCGUGCAGUUUAAUGUUCGCUGUUACGAUCCCAGCUUCCCCAGCCUGUUUUCUAACCAAUCAGUCAAACUCAUUUUGAAAGGUCUGCAAAAAAUGUUUCCUACAGUUACAGAUCAUAGGCGACCCAUUACACUCUCCACCCUGCGUCUUAUGCUCUCCAAACUCAGAGAAGGAGUAUUUUCUCCCUACAUCGACGCACUACUCGAUGCAUUAUUUCUGUUAGCAUUCUAUGCUUUUCUCAGACCAGGAGAAUUCGGCACAGCGUCCCUAACAUUCGAUCCCAAUCAAGACGUCUGCUUUGCCGACUUAUCUUUCCAUGCUAGCCAUUUCAGUCUAAAACUUAAGCACUCCAAAUGUGGAGGCGCUUGCUCCGUUAGCGCUGCUCGCAACGAUUCUCCUUUCUGCCCCUAUAAAUCCAUGAUUAAAUUCCUGCAUUUGAGAUCUUCCACAAAUCCUCUCUCACCACUAUUUCUUCUCCCAGGGAAUAUUCCCUUAACUAAACACCGGUUCAACUACUAUUUAAAACAAAUUAUCUCUAAAU